UCAACGAUAUAUAAGUGAAUGUUUACAUAUAAAACUCAAUAUACAAAGUUACACACACAAACGUACACACCUAUGCACGCGUUUAAAGUUAAGUACAUAAAAAGUAUUAACACUAAAGAGUUAUAACGUGUGUGUAUAUAUAUAUAUGUAUGUGCAUGUAUGAAGAAAACAUUUGUCCGCCUUAGCCCUUUGUAUAAAUAAAAGUAAAAAUAAAAGCAAAGAUGUUGGCAGAGACGCCACAAGACACGUUUGAUGUAGCAGCCACAUGUUGCGGAUUAAAGAAAAUGAAAUUCUUCAUUAUGUUCAUUGUGUUUGUUGUACAAAGUGGAGGCAACAAUGUGAAAAACACCUGUACAGCUUAUGAAGUUUAUUUUCCAAUGAACGCCUUGCAGCUGAACUUGCCGAUAAAUGAAAAGUCUCAAAGUAUAUUUUCUAAAAUUCCUAUUGGACAGUUUCAAGUCUUGGCGACAUCUAAUAACAGUUUAGCUACUGAUUAUAGCUACAGUUUGGAGAAUAAUGAUCUCUUAAGGAUGAACGGUACAAGCGGUGAAAUUUUUAUACGAAAUGAUUACAAGCCUUUAGAGAAAUCGGUUAGAUAUACCUUAACUGCUUUCCCAAAGGAUGGCAAUGAAACUCUCAAAAUACCUCACAUGACACUUGAAAUUUCACCAUUAACGGAGCAAGAGUAUUGCAAUAAUUUGGAGAACAUAUGCUAUUGGUCUUCCGUUCGCUAUAUCAUAUUAGAAGACGAAGCUCACGAAAAUACACAAGAAUUUCGACCAAGAAAAAUUGGUACAUUAAAUCCAAGAGCGGCUAAGUAUCUUUGUCCUUACAUGGAGUUGAAGUAUCAGCUAUUAAAUGGCAGCGAUCUCUUUACGCUGCAAGACAACGUUUUACUUACCCGCCAGCCGUUAGACUAUGAAUCUUUAAACAGUACCAUAGAAACGAAUCUAACGGUGGUUGUUAACUGUGCGAUACAACUUGAAGCAAAUGCUAAUAAAGAAUUUCGCCGAAAUCUCAACAUUCAAAUAAUCGAUCGUAACGAUAAUGGACCGGAGCUGCAGAAUCGUAAAAUCUAUUACUUUCAACUAACCGAUCCGCAUUUUAAAGCAAAUGAAACAAUUGGGGAAAAAAUUAUAUUUACGGAUAAGGAUUCAAUUGCGGCUAACGCUUAUCAAACUUAUCGUAUAAUCAAUGAUACAAACGGUUUAGUGCAGCCGCUCUGCAACGCCUACGAAACGGAUCACACGGGACGAAGGAGAUCGAUUAUAAGUUGUCAAAUAAUAUUCGCCCGUAACGGGAUUUUAAGUCAGCCUAACUAUUGCUUCAUUCUGGAGGCCAACGAUGACACUAUUAAAACUAAUAUCAGCAAAACGGUUAAAGCUCACAUUUGUAUACGAACCGAUCCGCGGAAAAUACAUGAAGCCGACCGUCCUCUUGCCAUGCCUUUGCGUUCACAUAAUUAUCAAAAAUAUGCCAGCAAUGUAAUAAAUUCGGAUGAAAGUAUUUUAGGUUCAGACAAUUUUGGUCUUUCUGCUACCAAUAGCAUUGUAAAUACUUUCCCCAAAGACGUAUACGUUCAUCGUACGGCUCAGUCCCUAUAUCGUGUAGCACAGCCGGCUGAUUUAUUUCGACUAAUGAAUUUGCCUGAAUUGAAAUUUGCCAUAUUUGAAGACCGUAGCGGGGCUUUCGGUAUCACUGCUGUGGGUGGGAUAAUUUAUAUUAAAGAGAAAAAUGCUUUAUCAGUGGAACGAUCACCGGAAGCAAUCUACUUUCUGAAUGUAUCCUGGCACGAUACCCAUCAGCGGUCGUUCGUUAUUAAUGUCCAUUUGCUAGAAGGGCGUCCAGAGAAUACUACCUGCGAACAUCGCCUCAAGUCACGAUCGCAAUCUUGUGCUCAAAUUAAGUAUUCAAAGCAAUGCGUUAAAUAUUGCGGUUUAGCAACCAAUGGCGGUGCCUGUGUAUGGCGUGGCUCGAAUGUUGCUUUUUUUAGCCGAAACUAUGCUUCUUGUGUACCUGAUCCUCAAUUUUGUCCCGACAAUAUCUGCGAUCCUCUAGAAGAAUUAAAUAACUUUGCAUGUCCCCAAGAUUGCAUAGCAGGUAAUAGAAUAAUGGGGCCACGUUCUAUCAACGAUAACAAGCGCGGUAUAUUAUCUGCCUCGGGUACAUGCACUUGUGAAGAUAAUGGAAAAUGUUUCUGCGCCCCAAUGGACGAGGAUGAGCCCCGACCUAAGCGCAAACGCAAGAAUGAACAAAAAAUGGAACCAGGCUCCGAAAAAUUGGAAAGCGAUUUACAACGCGACAAUUUUCAAGUGGACAGCAAUACUGCUGCGGUAAUAGAAGAAAAGAGUCCAAUACAAGAAAUCCUUAGCAUGGCCGGCCUGGAAUGUGAUAAGUCCUGUGUAAUUGUAGCUAUCAUUGCUCCUACGGUUUUUAUAUUUCUGCUUGCUACUGUGCUCUUAACAAGACAUAAACAUGCCAAGCGCUCUUUACAUAACCAAUCGCCGGCAAAUAGUAAAAAAGGUGGAGAGUCGUCAUCUAAUGGGGAUGAUUGCGAUAUGCGUAACGGUGAUCUUCCAUUAAUGCAGCUCGAUAAUGAUUUUAAAUUCGAAGCAACAACGAUUGAUGCCAAAUGGGAAUAUCCUCGGGAUUCUCUAAUACUGGACACUGUUCUUGGCGAAGGAGAGUUCGGGAAAGUUAUGAAGGGUUACGCUACAGAUAUAGACGGAAAAUUGGGUGUCACAACCGUAGCUGUGAAGAUGCUUAAAAAAGGCGCAAAUUCGGUCGAGUAUAUGGCUUUAAUGUCCGAAUUUCAAUUAUUGCAAGAAGUUUCGCAUCCAAAUGUCAUAAAAUUACUGGGUGCUUGCACCAAGGACGAUAGUCCAAUGAUUAUUAUCGAAUAUGCUCGAUACGGUUCGUUGCGCAGUUAUUUAAGACUAAGCAGAAAAAUUGAACAGUGUGGUGUCGACUUUACCGACGGUAUAGAACCAAUCACCGAAUGUGAUAUUUUAUCGUUUGCUUUUCAAAUCUGCAAAGGCAUGACAUAUUUGACCGAGAUUAAGUUGGUUCAUCGAGACUUAGCGGCUCGUAAUGUGCUCUUGGCUGAGAAUAAAAUUUGCAAAAUAUCCGAUUUUGGCUUAACUCGAGAUGUUUACGAAGAUGAUGCCUAUCUAAAACGGUCACGUGAUCGCGUACCAGUUAAAUGGAUGGCUCCGGAGUCUUUGGCCGAUCACGUAUAUACGACAAAAUCGGACGUUUGGGCUUUCGGGAUAUUGUGCUGGGAGCUCAUAACACUGGCUGCUUCCCCAUAUCCGGGUGUAGCGCCACAAAACCUCUAUCACUUACUUAAAAGUGGAUUCCGUAUGGAAAGGCCUGAAAAUUGUUCGGAAGAGCUGUACGCUAUCGUGCGUUCUUGUUGGACAAACGAUCCGAACGCUCGACCGUCGUUCAAGUAUUUGGCGUCAGAGUUUGAAAAACUUGUAACUAACAAUAGCAAAUAUUCGGAAUUAGAAACACACGCCUUUUCCAAUCCAAACUAUUGUACUGAAACAGCAAAUAAUAAAGAAGAGGAUAAUACUCUACAUACAAAGAAACUAAAUAAUGAAAACGUUAGUGUACCGGACAAGUUGCAGCGCUUGUGGAGGCCACCAAAAAUGUCUUAUGAUUUGCCGGAAAACCUAUGCAGUCGUGAGUUCGCUAGUGGUACAUGCAGCAUCAAUUUCCUACCACCACCUGGUUAUGACAUGCCGCGCCCCUUAAUAGAAACCAAUACCACUGAGCAGAAAUUACGUUAUGAAAAUGAUCUCAGAUUUCCAUUUAAUAUACGAAAAUCUUCAUUAGAUAAAAACAUAUUAGAGUUAUAUGCCAGGCCGAUGAAAAAAGGUCGCUCUUAUGUGGAUAUGACAAAUAAAGGACCCAUUCCGAAUAAUUUGGAUAGUAACGACUUUGAAAAACAUAUUUCGAAAAUUAUUUCAUUUCGUUUUUCGAGUUUAUUAAAUCUCAGCGAACAAGAAGGCGCGGCAUAAAACAAAUCAUUCCAUCCAAAGUGUGUAUGUAUCAAAGUAUAAAC